AUGAGUAAAAUUGUAUACAGCAGUCACGCAACUUACAAUCGCGAAGCGAGCGAAUUGAUGCACGCAGGUGCCCCGAUCGACCUAUCCUUCAAACAGGCUCGCAACGUCAAAGAUCUGUUGGAUCAAAACGAACAGGAGCUGCGCAUCAGCCGUACCGGCCGGCUACCAGGCAAGGGACUGCACAAUCGUUACCUCACCAGCUCCAUAUGGCUGAGCAACAACUGCUUCAAGAACGUUUGCUGCCUGCACGAGCUGGCCAAUCGUUACCUCGAAAAUCCGCGCGAGCUCCGUUGGCUCGAUUUGUCCUACAACCGCAUCGAAGACAUCGACGACGAUUUGCUCAAGAUCCAAAGCCUUAGUAUACUCUAUUUGCACGGCAAUCGCGUAGAAAAUAUGAAGAGUAUCGUCAAGUUGCGCCAGUUGAAGAGCCUGCGUACUCUCACCCUGCACGGCAAUCCGAUCGAGCGUAAACCCGAUUAUCGACAAUAUAUAGUAGCCAUACUGCCACAAAUACAGAAUUUAGACUUUUCACCGGUUAUCGACUACGAGCGAAGGAGAGCUUUGCCUCCGGGCUUUUACAAAAUGGUGCAUGUUGAAUAA